UUGGGAUUGCCUAAGUAAAUAAGUGUCUUUCUGUUUGUGUAUAUGUCUUCAAAUUGCCUGUUGACUUAUGUCAAACCCAUAAAUUUCAUUGGUUUCUAAAAGAAAGGAAUACUCAGGGCUAGUUGUGCCAGAUAAUUCCUGUGGUUCUGAUUCCAGUGAAGUUGAAAUACUACAAGUUCUCAGCAGAUGGCCCUCUUUAACUUGUUUUCCUAUCUUCUGGAUUAGCAGGUACUUACUUAACAGCUAGCUGCCUGGAAGACUGCAGGGCCCAAUUGCCAGUGCAGUGGAAAUGUGAUAGAUGCAAACCUUGCUGUGGGUUUGUGACUCAUAGUUUUUUGGGGAAAUGCCUUUACAGGGAGCCUCUCUGUGCCCAGUUUUCCAGGGAGGAAAAGGUUGUGGCAAGAACUCUGCAGCAUUGGCUGCCAGCCUCCUGGGCCGGCUUGGAGAUGGUGUGGUGCCGCAGAGGAAAGAAAGGCUGAUGCAGCAGCCAGUGGAGCUGGAUGGGCUUGUGCUGUCUCAGGGAAGAGGAGUAAUGGCCAGUUCAGAAGACAACUUAGAAAGGACGGGGGAUGAGACGAGUGGAAAUUCUGAGAACACAAGUAAGCCUUCUGCUAGGAGUCCCCAAGAGCAAGCAAAGAGGACCAGGCCUGGCAGCAGAGAACUUGGUGUGCACUUUGAAGACAGUGGUGAGAGCGAUGAAGAUACAGAUCACUCUGAGGACUCAUUGAGUUCUGCACUAAUGGAGCUUUCUGUCCUGCAAAGACUGGGCCUGCAUAGGGUUGCUUUGACUGAGCAGGAUGUGGAGGCAGCUUUUGCACACUUGGCUUUGGCCUUCCGGUGUGACAUGUUUACGUUGAAACGACGGGUGCAGGUUGAAGAGCGGGCAAGAAACACAGCUGAGGAGAAUAUUCAGAUGGAAUUGACAGACUGCCAGACAACGUUGCAAAAGCUGGACCAGGCCUGCACAGACAGCAGGUGCAAGGAAAUGGUAGAACACCUGAAGAACAGUCUAACAGUCCUGGCAGGUGCCAUUGAGAGGGCAACAGUUGCAGCAGAGAAAUUAGGAGCUGUCCAUCAGGAAGCUCGCAUGAGCAGAGCAACAGAGGUGAUGGUGCAGCAUGUAGAGAACCUGAAAAGGCACCACCUGAGGGAGCACACGGAGCUGGAGGAGAUGAAGAGGCUGAUCCAGCAGAACUCCCGCAACCGACAGCUGGCAGAAAACAGGGAUGAUGGUGAGCAGAGACCAAAACAUCCCUCAAUGCGAAUGUUCCAGCAGGGAUCUGCUCGUCGUCGUGUCAGCAUUGCAGUUAUUCCCAGGCAAUUAAUGGCACUGAAAUCUUUGGGGCCCCUUAGGCUUGGAGUACCCCAUGAGCCACAAUUUGCUCAUCGCUUCUAUGAACACUGA